AUGCAGAGCUCUGAGUCUCUGUGAUAACGUGGCCUCCUGUUUGCAAAGAACUUCCUCUAAAGUCACAAGUAAAAUACAUGAAGCUGGAAACUUAAAUGAUAUGCAUGUAUUUCAGAGGCAUGCACAUCCAGCACAGGGUUUGUGCUGCUGCAACUAGAAAAACAAAAGACUUCUAUACCUAUAAAUAUGUUUCAUUGUUUUUAAAAAUGCUAGUUUGAGAUCUUUGCUUUUCUAUGGUGCAGCCACUCCCUCUUGACAACAUUACAAUACACAGUACACCCUCCUGAGCCGAUAGGGUAUAUUAACAGGUUUAGGCAAACAACCAUUGACUCAUCUGCAGUGACGCUUGUGAAUGAGGAACAAGUAAGCUCAUUGAAGGUUUCUGUUUCAUUUCACGAGGCCGUUUGAUAAAAGCAUUUUCACAUAGCAGACAUUGAGAUGAUGAGAUAUAAAACAGUGAUAAGAUUCCUCUUUAGCACUGGGAUCUUUUUUCAAGCCUGUAAAUCAGACGUGAGUUGCAGGAAUGACGAUGGAGAUGAGGUCGACUGGUACAUCUUAUACAAGUUGCCAAACAUGAACGACGGUGGUCUGUCAUAUCUGUACAUGGAUGAGAGCACCAAUGGUUGGAUACCCAGCCAAGAGAAUAUCAACAGCAACUCUGGCACCCUGGCCCACACCCUGAAACCUCUUCUCGACUUCUACGACAGAAAGACGGAAGGAUUUGGAUAUUUGCUCUAUAACGAUCAGCCUUCGGAACUCAAGCCAGCUCCUGCAUCAUUUGGACACAGUAAAGGAGUUGUAAUGUUGGAUGAACGAACUGGAGUCUGGCUCUCUCACAGCACUCCAAAAUUUCCAACAUAUCAGAGUAAAGACUUCUGGCCCCCAAGUGGAAACGCUAAUGCUCAAACGUUUAUAUGUGUCACUUACUCCUAUGCUUCAUUCAAACAAAUAGGACUGCAGCUCCAAUACAUCCAUGCCUUUUCAUACGACUCUAGCAUACCCAAAACCUUUCUACCUGACCUGCGCUGUGUGGCACUGAGAACCUGCUACCCAAAGACGACGCCCUGGUUUAGACUCAUGACGCUGACGUCAGUGAAUGGACAGAGGUUCACCAGCUUUGCAAAAUACACACGAUUUGGGGAUGAUAUCUACUCUGGCUUCAUUGUAAGUCACUUGAAGCAGGAUCUGUACGUCAAGAGCUGGGGAAAGAUGCGUCGCCCUCUGCCUUCUAACUGCAGCAUCCCUCACCAUGUGUACAAUGUGAAGAAGGUACAACUUCCCGGCACGCAGACCUUCCCCGACACUGUCGAUCACUCCAAGUGGAGCCUGACUGCUGACCGUGGCUGGACCUGCAUCGCCGACAUGAACAGGGAGAUGAGUCAGAUGGGCAGAGGCGGAGGAGCCAUAUGCAUCAAUGAUGCUGUGAUAGGUGACGCUUUCUAUUCACUGAUCAGGGAGACAGAGCAAUGUGGCAGUGAACAUGCUGGUGUUCCGCAAAAAGAGCUUUAAGGGCACAACCCUCUGCAAUUUCUCUUAUUUAAAGACAGAAAACUGAGGUGACUUUUCCUGAAAUUGAAAUUAUUGACCUUUGGCUGCAGGGUUAGAUGAGUAGACAUUUUUCCCUGCAUUGUAUUUCUUUUAAACAAUAUUUCCUCGUAUUUCGUUUUGUUUUGUUAUAUUUAGAAUAUGUCUUUUUUCAAAUUGUUCAGAACCAAGUUUUUAUUGAGCUUCUUUGGGUUGUACUUUAUUUUUGUGUGUACCAUGUGUUUUGCUUUUGUUCUUCAUAUAAUCAGGAAAUUGAAAAAAUACACGUUAAAUACUAAUCAUUUAAUAAAAAUUGAAAUAAGAGUUACACUGCAUGGGUUGUAUGCAUUUUAAUGAGAUGUUUCCUGUUUGUUUGACUUUUUAUGAAACAGGAACUGGUGUUUCACACAACUAGAUGAUGAUUGACGAUUUUUAAUCUUGUAGGAGAAGGAAGUGACUUCACAGAAAUGCAGAGCUCUGAGUCUCUGUGAUAAUGUGGCCUCCUGUUUGCAACAAACUUCCUCUAAAGUCACAAGUAAAAUACAUGAAGCUGGAAACUUAAAUGAUAUGCAUGUAUUUCAGAGGCAUGCACAUCCAGCAUGAUAGAAUGGUAAACUUUUUAUUUUUAAGUAGUCAAAAAGAUAGAAAACAAUGUACUCAAGAAAAUUAAGUACCAUAUUAACGUUUCUACUCUGGUCAAAGUAAGUGAGUUUGAAUAUACUAUUUAAACUAAAAAUAUUUGAGGCUAUUCCCCAAUGCAAAGGUCUAUUACAUGUGGUUGAGUCGCGGCUUCUUCCAAGUUCAUUUCAGGUUCCCCUCUCGUUAUUGAUUACUUUUAGAGAUAUAGAGAAAGAGAA